AUGGGCUCUAUCCGCUCCUCCGCGUCAAGGGGGCCACACCCGCAGGCGAGUGGAGACAUCCUGACGCCGCCGCAAGAGAAAGAUCUCCAGGAAAAUCCGAUGUUGCCUCUUCACGAAAGAAAAACGCAUCCUCAUCGCUAUGUCCUGGGCCUUUUCCGUGUCGACAGUGCCGGUGAGAGCGGCCGUAAGGGAUUCCAUCCCGCCCACUUUCUUCGCGUAUGCUCUAGGAGUGUCUGUACAGCUUCAAUGAUAGUGAACAUCCUUUGGCCCUUUGUCCCGGCUGCAAUUGUGAUGCAUUUUGCACGUCCUGAUCUUCACGUCUGGGUCUUUGCCCUCAACUACAUCGCCAUGGUGCCAUCCGCGAAUUUGCUCGGGUUUGCCGGUGGGGAGCUGUCUAAGAAGCUACCCAAAGUCCUCGGUGUCUUACUGGAAACGGCAUUAAGCGCCGUGGUAGAAAUUGUGCUCUUCAUGGUCUUGCUUCACAACUCCUCCGAGGAACAGGACUUCAUUCCCGUCAUCCAAGCUGCCAUUCUUGGUUCCAUCUUGGCCAACCUGCUUCUCUGUCUAGGGACUUGUUUCUUUGUUGGAGGUCUUAGGCGGAACGAGCAGGUGUUCCACGAGGCGGUCAGUGAGGUUGGAACCGGACUGCUGCUGGUCGCAGGUUUCGGGUUGCUAAUCCCGAGCGCUUUCUACACUGCGCUGAAAGGUUCCGUUAAUACAGAGUUUACUCUGCACCAAUUGGAACAGGAUGCGCUGACCAUUAGCCGUGCAACUGCUGUUAUUCUUCUCGUCGCAUUUUUCGUAUAUCUCGUUUUCAACCUGCACAGUCACAACUCCAUUUUCGACGAGAUUUUCGAGUCGGACGAAGCGCAAGAUGAAGACCGAGACCAGGAGCUCCUGAGGGCCAAGCUCACGUUCUUUGAAUGCAUCGUGGCCAUUGUAAUCUCCCCUGACCUGUGUAUGCAUGAGAUUGAGUACAUUGUGGCCCUUGGCGUCUCGGACAAUUUCAUGGGCUUGAUUCUGGUCCCUUUGGUUGAAAAGGCUGCCGAGCACCUUACGGCCGUGGACGAAGCUUGGGAUAAUCAGAUGAACUUUGCACUCUUCCAUUGCCUGGGUCCUUCGAUCCAAACAGCUCUCCUGAACGCCCCGCUCGCUGUCAUCGCGGGUUGGGGUCUAGACAAGAAAAUGAGUCUCAAUUUCGAAAUCUUCAUGGUUGUUCUCCUGGUGCUCUCAAUCCUUGUCGUCGGCAACUUCCUGCGAGAUGGAAAGUCCAACUAUUUGGAGGGAGCCUUGUGUGUGCUCGUCUAUGUCAUCAUCGCCAUCACAUCCUGGUACUACCCUGGAGUGGAACAAGCUUCGACCAACCAGGCAUAA